GCCGUGCUGUUAGCCGCUCGCGUGUCGUAGGUUAGCGCUGUUGUUCCGAUUGAAGAGUUCAACAUGGCAUCCGAAAUGCCUAUUCCGGACGUAAUCCCCACCGAUUUGGGGACUGCGAUCGCUGCUUUGGAUGGAUGGACGCACCGCGAGCUUCAAGUGCAACUGGCCAAGAUUGGAGCCCCGGUGAUGGGCCCAAGAGAGGAGUUGGUUGACAGGUUAAGAAACUACAUGAUCAUGACUGGAGUCCUAGUCACAAAAAAUGACAAACAGAUGUCAUUGCCUCCAAUGCCCAUGGGUACGUCCAUGGUGCAGUCCAUGGGCAUGAUGCCAGCGGCUCCCCCACCGUCUGGGAUGAUCAAUAUGGAUCCUCCUGGUAUGACUCCAGAAGAGCAGCUUCAGUUUGUACAGCAAAGAGCUGCAAUGGUGCUUAAGCAACAGGAGGAAAGAGCCAACCAGGCUGAAGGCAUGGAUGAGCAGGAUCUUCUGGAGCAGCAACAAAGGGCUGCAGUGAUGCUAGAACAGGAGCGUCAGCAGGAGAUGGUGGGCAUGCACCAGGGUCCCGGGGCACAGGCCAUUUCUGCUGCCACUGCUAUGAGAAUCCUGGAUUCUCACGGCAUACUGCCUCCUGGAGUCACAAUGUUGCCCCCUCAAAAGCAUAGAAUCCCGCCUCCUCCUGGAGGAGACAGCCAAGAGUUCUGGGCAAGUGAAGAGAUCAGUGUUGGUGGUCCAAAGAUUCCUCAGGUUUUGGAAAAGAUUCUCCAGCUGAAGGAGAUCAGGCAGGAACAGCAGAUUGAACCAGCAGCCGAUGAUGACUCCGGGAGGGGAGAUGGGGACCGUUCUGCCCAGGGGAUGUCAGACACAGAAGAUGACGACAGUCAGUUGUCAAAGAAAGAUAAAAACCGCAGACGCCGAAAUCGCAAGAAGAAGAGCAAGAAAAAGCGAGCCCUGGAGAAGAAAGAGCAGGCUGAGCAGCAGCAGCAGCAGAAGGAGGAGGUCAUCAGCAAAGGCAAAGAAAAAGAGAAGGAGCCCGAGGUGGAAAUCGAGUAUGUUACCGAGGAGCCACAUAUCUACGAUCCCAACUACAUCUUCUUCAAGAGAAUAUUUGAUGCUUUCAAGCUCACUGAUGAUUUAAAGAAAGAAAAGGAGAAGGAGCCUGAGAGGCCAGAGAGGCUUGAGACACUGGUGUACCGAAAGAAAGGCCUGGAAGAGGACAAGAAGGACAGCGACGACAGCGAUGAUGAAGCUCGGCAAGAUGUACCUAAAUUGUCAAAGAAGAAGUUGAGGAGGAUGAAUAGGUUGACUGUGGCAGAGCUCAAGCAGCUUGUGGCCCGUCCAGAUGUUGUGGAGAUGCAUGAUGUGACGGCCCAGGAACCAAAGCUGUUGGUCCAUCUCAAGGCCACCAGGAACACUGUUCCCGUCCCCCGCCACUGGUGCUUCAAAAGGAAGUAUCUUCAAGGCAAGAGGGGUAUUGAGAAGCCCCCGUUUGAGCUGCCGGAGUUCAUCAGGAGGACGGGUAUUCAGGAGAUGAGGGAAGCCCUGCAGGAGAAGGAGGAUGCUAAAACAAUGAAAACUAAAAUGAGAGAAAAGGUUCGUCCCAAGAUGGGAAAGAUCGACAUUGACUACCAGAAGCUCCAUGAUGCCUUCUUCAAGUGGCAGAUUAAACCCAAACUCACGAUCCACGGGGAUCUUUAUUAUGAGGGUAAAGAGUUUGAAACCAGACUUAAAGAGAAGAAACCAGGUGACCUCUCCGAUGAGUUGCGCAUCGCACUGGGCAUGCCAGUCGGUCCUAAUUCCCACAAAGUGCCACCUCCAUGGCUCAUUGCCAUGCAGCGAUAUGGACCUCCCCCCUCCUACCCCAACCUCAAGAUUCCAGGGCUGAACGCCCCCAUCCCAGAUAACUGCACCUUCGGCUACCACGCUGGCGGCUGGGGGAAACCUCCUGUUGAUGAAAUGGGCAAACCUCUCUAUGGGGAUGUGUUCGGGACACAUUCUGGUGAUUUCAUGGCCAAAGCAGAUGACGAAGAGCUCGAUCACACACCAUGGGGUGAACUCGAGCCUUCAGAUGAGGAGUCCUCUGAGGAAGAGGAAGAGGAAGAAAGUGAUGAGGAGAAACCGGAUGAGACCGGUUUCUUCACGCCAGCAGACAGCGGUCUGAUCACUCCGGGAGGCUUCUCUUCAGUACCUGCAGGCAUGGAGACCCCUGAGCUGAUUGAGCUGAGAAAGAAGAAGAUUGAGGAGGCCAUGGAUGGGAACGAGACUCCAAAACUGUUCACGGUCCUCCCUGAGAGGAUGACUGGUCCUGUGGGUGCUGCCAUGAUGGCCUCCACACACAUCUACGACAUGUCAGCGGCCAUGGCGGCACGUAAAGCCAGCGGGGGACAGGAGUCGCAGGGUGUGGAGGUGGCUUUGGCUCCUGAGGAGCUGGAGCUGGACCCCAUGGCCAUGACCCAGAAGUACGAAGAGCACGUCCGCGAGCAGCAGGGACACUUGCAGAAGGAGGACUUCAGUGACAUGGUGGCUGAACACGCAGCCAAACAGAAGCAAAAGAAGAGGAAAGCUCAGCCGCAGGACACGAGAGGCGGCGCCAAGAAGUACAAGGAGUUCAAGUUCUAGAGAGAACACCAGGGCCGACCACGACUCACACACCGCAACAUUGUUCGUCUUUUUUUUUAAACUUUGGAUUACCAGUGCUUUUGUCUAUUCCUCUUAAUGACCCUGCAAAACAAGAGUCUGUUUAGAUUUUAUGUCAGUGAUUUUCUGUUUUGUAAAUAAAUUAUGCGAAACGUCCA